UCAAAGCCACGCUUCAACCCAUGCGGCGCAUGCGCCGGCCCUUAGCUGCUUUGGUGUCACUGGUGUCUUUGUGGAAGCUGCAGCUCUUGAGCGAGGGCUUCGCACAGCCGCACUUGUGCUUGCGACGCAGGCGGCUUUUGGAUGGCUGCGUCGGGUCACUACUUUUCAGCCAGCAAGCACGAGCAGAAGAGACCACUGACCUCUCGCAGUUCAUCCGCUUUGCUGAGGAGGCAAAGACAGGUUGGCAAAUCAAUUUGCCCAAAGAUUGGAUCACAAUCCGCAAAGAAGCGGCGCCUAGCGAUGCGAGUGGUGCUAAAUCACUCUUGUUCUCAGGUGGGCCUACUAAGAAGUCCGAGAUCAAAGUCUUGAGGGCUUCGUUAGGAAGCAGUAAAUCCAGCACGUUGGAUUUCUUUCUAUCUCCACAGCCAGCAAUGACGAAGGACCAGGCGGCAGAAGCUUUGAGCCGAAGCUAUGCCAAAAAACCCUCGACAUUUCGCUUCAAACUGCUGAAGUCGAAGGUAUUGGAGCGUGGCAGCGGCCGAAUCCUGAGGUAUGGCUUCAGUGUUGCACGAUGUGAAGGAUCGCAAACAGAAAGUGAAGGUCAAAAGAUUUGUGUGAAGCCCGGCAGCGAUGACAAGCUGGAUACAAUUGCAAGGCAUUGGGAGGUAGCCACCACGGUGACAUCCACCGAUGGCAAAGAGCCCUACGCGCUGUGGAUCGUGGAAUGCAGUGUGCCCUCAGAGAAUUGGAAGGAAGAGUCAGCUCAAAUCAACCAAAUCGUCGACAGCUUUGCUGUUGGGACAAAAGCGCAGCUUGAUCAGCUUGGCUCAUGAAACAAUUUUCGAUGAAAAUGAACGCGUGCAUUGAAGAGUCAGAAGAUGUUCGGAGACAGAAAUGCGUCAACAGAGUCAACAGAUGAGCUGAAAGGGACACCUUAGAGCGUCAGUGCUGCAGACUUUCCAG